AUGUCUAGGAACGGUGUGACACAGUUGAAACAAGUUUGUGUUUAUUUCUGUGAUUGGGGAGGAAGCUCAUCCGGAAUGAGAAAUUUUUUGGACCAAUCAUCUGGUGCUUUCUGGGAAAUGGCUAAAUUAUCGCCUGAUGUUAAAUUUGUUGUACAAUUACGUAGAGGUAGACAUCCAUACAUGAAGGCAAUUUAUAAGAACGGAAGAGAACAUGUUCAUGAUUGCAAAAACAUGGACUCUACUGAAAUUUCCCAAAAACUCCACAAUAUUAAAUCACAAUGGGGUGAUAAAGCCAAAAAGAUUGGAUUUGCCAAGUUAACUAAAAAUCCAUCAGUACAAGGACUAUUUAUUCCA